GUUAUUAGAAGAGAUACCAGCCAUGCAAGCAUCCAGAAUCACGAGGGUGCUUCUGCUGUUUGCCCUGUGUGUCUCGGCAGUGUGUUGUUCAAGUGAUUACGAUGAGGAUGAUGUGGAUGAAGCAGCACUGAACAAGUCAGAAAAUGCAACAGCUACGGUUGAUGCUCGUGGACACAGGCCCCUAUCAAGAGGCCAAGAGCCAGUUCCUACUCGAAGACCUGCCCCCCCACCAAUCAGCGGUGGAAGUUACAGAGGACGUCCAACCAAGGCUCCUGCCAAAGCUCAGAAAAAAGAAGCUACUGAGUAUCCAGAUGCCGGUGGCUGUAAACAUGCAUAUGAGGAACUGGGAACAUUGUGUCCAACUGGAUGUGAGCUCAGAACAACAUUGCUGAAACAAGAAAGGAAUGUUAAAUCUGCUAUCAAUGAUGUCCGUGGAAGAGUGGAAACCUUGUCUCAAUCAGCAAAUAUUAUAUAUAGAUAUACAACUGUACUGGGACAGAAGCUUAAAGAAAGACAACAACAAACACUAGAUAACCAGAAUGUAAUCAAUGAAUACAACCUAGAACUGGAGGAGCAGUACACAUUCAUCAAAGACAAUCUGGACACCAAAAUUCCAUCUAACAUUCGCAUUCUUCGGCAAGUACUAGAAAAUAUUCGAUCCAAAAUUCAGAAACUUGAAACUGCAAUAGCCACACAAGUGGAAAAUUGUCGCUCACCAUGUGUCACAACUUGCCCCAUCCCGGUUGUCUCUGGCAAAGAAUGCGAAGAAAUUUACAGGAAAGGUGGAGAGACAUCUGAGAUGUACCUUAUCCAGCCUGAUAGUUUCUUCAGACCAUUCAAGGUUUAUUGUGAUAUGGUAACACAUGAUGGAGGAUGGACUGUUAUUCAGAACAGACAAGAUGGCAGUGUUGGUUUUGGAAGGACAUGGGAUGCCUACAAAUCUGGAUUUGGAAAUAUUGCUUCCAACGGUGGAAAGGGUAUCUGCGACAUGCCAGGGGAAUUCUGGCUUGGCAAUGAAAAGAUUAGCCAGCUGACUAACCUGGGAGCUACAGAAGCUUUAUUUGAAAUGGAAGACUGGGACGGUGCCAAAGUAACAGCCCAAUACAAUGGUUUCACAGUGCAAAACGAGGCAAAUAAAUAUCAACUUUCUGUUAGUGGCUACAAAGGAACUGCUGGCAAUGCUCUAAUGGAGGGUGCUUCACAACUGAAAGGAGAGAACCGAACCAUGACAAUACACAAUGGCAUGUUCUUCAGUACUUUUGAUAGAGACAAUGAUGGAUGGCAACACUCAGAUCCUAACAAACAGUGUUCAAAAGAAGAUGGUGGAGGAUGGUGGUACAAUCGAUGCCAUGCGGCCAAUCCUAAUGGAAGAUAUUAUUGGGGUGGACAUUACACAUGGGAUAUGGCAAAGCACGGCACAGAUGAUGGUGUUGUAUGGAUGAACUGGAAGGACUCCUGGUAUUCAAUGAAGAAGAUGAGCAUAAAGAUUAGACCAUAUUUUAAUAAAUAAAAUGCUGACAUGUAUAAAAAAAUCCUUAGAACCCAUGAUUCAAGUCCCCUGGGUCAGUGAAGAGGACCAUCAAAAACAUAUAGAUGACUUUUAGCAUUA